GUUUGCGAACGACACAGUUGAACUGUGUAGAAAGUGCGAUUCGCUGCAUAUGGGUGUCGUACUUCGUAAACUUUAAUUUAAUUCCAAUACAAUCAACACAAAAAUAAUAAUAAAACCAUGGCUCAGAAUUUAAUGGGAAGAUUUGAUAAAUUUCUGCAAGAAAAAAAUGUAAUGACUGACGCAUUAGCGAAGAUCGAGGCUAAAACGGGAGUGAAAAGAUCGUAUAUCGCUUUCGCUGUCAUCGGCAUUGUUGCAGUAUACCUCGUUAUCGGUUAUGGCGCUUCCCUGCUCUGUAAUCUGAUUGGAUUUGCUUAUCCUGCUUACAUAUCAAUCAAAGCCAUUGAAAGUAGCGAUAAAGAAGAUGACACGAAGUGGCUUACCUACUGGGUCGUGUAUGGUGUGUUCAGCGUGGCGGAGUUCUUUGCUGACAUCUUUCUGUCCUGGUUUCCAUUCUACUACACAGGAAAGUGUGCUUUUUUGGUGUGGUGCAUGGCUCCCACUCCCUCCAACGGCUCCGUCCAGAUCUACACACGCAUCAUUCGUCCCUUCUUCCUGAGGAAUGAGGCUAAGAUCGACAACGUGGUUAAAGACAUUAAAGACAAAGCAACUGAUGCUGCAGAUAAGUUUAAGGACGAGGCCAAGAAAGCCACUGCAAACCUGAUAUUCGAGGAGAAGAAGAGCUCUUAAGCAGCCGUAAGACUCCGAAUGGUACAAUCACAGGCCUGAAUAAAUGUUGCCUUGAUCUUCUUGUAUUUGUAAACAUCUGUAAUAUUGCUCCUUGUUUUGCUCACCUUUUUCCUCUGUGAAAUGUCAGUGCCUGCAAUUCAAAGCGAGUACAAUUUAAAUGUAUAAAUCACAUAAAACUAAAUGUGAUGUUCAACAGCUGUGCUUCAGCCCCAAUAAAUUAAACUUUUAUCUCCUGAAA